GGGUGUAUAUAUAAGAACUUGUGUCGACUCACUUAACGCCCUGAGCCUCGGACCAGCAUGUUGGAGCAAAUGUAAACAUUGGAAUAUUGCAAUAGUGCAGUCAUCAGUCAUCGGGAGGAAAACCCUUCAUGCCAACUGCACGUAUCCGAAGAAGAAAUUGCAAUAAACUGUUCUUCAUGCAAAGAGCACGUACCGUAAGGAAGAAUACCAUAUUGCCCAAGGUAACAAAAUGUCUAAGAAAGAUGUCUUGGAAGAGGCCAAAAGGCAGGCAGCUGAGCCAGGAUCGUACAUUAAGAAGGUGGAGAGGGAAUUACCAUUGUGUAUUCACCCUAAGUUCACCCAGGAGAUGAGGAAGGGCGUUUAUCAAGAGCUGGAUGCCUUGUCCAGGCGCUACUCUAAGGUGCUUGGAGGACUAGCCAUGGCUUAUGAAAAUGUACAGCUCGUAUCAUCUCGCGGCUGGCUGUUCAGCACAAAUCCAUUUAUUCACGUUGUUGUCCGUGCUCAAUUUUAUGUGUUUGCUCCAGAAGCUGGUACUGUAAUGGAAGCUGUUGUGAAGAAGAAAACGAAAACUCACAUAGGCUGCUUGGUCCAUGGGAUGUUUAAUGUCUCGAUAUCCAAACCCAUAGGCAGCUCUGUUAAUGGUUGGUGUGGCACCUACGCUCAAGAAGGAGAUUUUGUAAAACUUACCAUCACACAUGUAACUUUCACUACCUUCGUGCCACAUAUCAAGGCUGAAUUCGACCAUGAAAGUGUUCAGAAGCUGAUGAUGAUUUCUACUGGAGAAAAUGAAGACGAUGGUGUUAUUGAUGGCAAUACUUCUGCGACAAAUCGCAUUGUGUUUGAUAGUGACAGUGGUAUAAGUAGCAAUGAAUGCAAACCCUUGAUUAAGAGUGAGAAGAAAAGGAAUAAAGCAAGAUGUCUAGAUUUUAAUGAUGAGGCUCUUGAAGAUGAUACUACAGAUGUAAAGACUCUGAAAAAAGUGAAAGGCCAAAAAAGGAAGAGAUCAGAAGAUAACUUUAAUGGAAGUUACAUAGAUGAUACAGAUGGUGUUAAUCACAAGAAAAAGAAACAAAAAAGGGAUAGCAGUAUGUAUGGAGAUACGAAUAAGACCUUAGAUAUGGAUGUUAAGCAAGAAAAGGAGGGAGGCACAAUGAAUGACAUUGUAGGGGAUAAUGUUGAGUCUGUUGCAGAAUUCAAAGACACCAAUCAUAAAAAGAGUAAAAAGAAGAGAAGUAUGGAUGGAAACAUGAAUAAAAGCUUGGAGAUGGAUGAUGACAAAAGCAUAAUUAAAAGAGAGAGAAAUGACAAUGAAGGGUUCAGUUCGAAUUCUAUUACAGAAUUCAGAGAUACUAAUCAUAAAAAGAGUAAAAAGAAGCGAAGCAUGGAUGGAAACAUGAAUAAAAGCUUGGAGAUAAAUGAUGAUGAAGACAUGAAUAAAAGCUCGGAGAUGAAUGAGGAUAAAGACAUGAAUGAAAGAGAGAAAAAUGACAGUGAAGGGUUCGGUUUGAAUUUUAUUAGAGAGUCCAGAGACAGUAAUCAUAAAAAGAAUAAAAAGAAGCGAAGCAUGGAUGGAAAUGUGAAUAAAAGCUUAGAGAUGGAUGAUAAUAAAGACAUGAAUGAAAGUACAGAGUUCAGAGACAGUAAUCAUAAAAAGAAGCGAAGCAUGGAUGGAAACGUGAAUAAAAGCUUAGAGAUGGAUGAUAAAGACAUGAAUGAAAGUACAGAGUUCAGAGACAGUAAUCAUAAAAAGAAUAAAAAGAAGCGAAGCAUGGAUGGAAAUGUGAAUAAAAGCUUAGAGAUGGAUGAUAAAGACAUGAAUGAAAGUACAGAGUUCAGAGACAGUAAUCAUAAAAAGAGAAAAAAGAAAAGUAUGGAUGGAAACAUGAAUAAAAUCUUAGAUAUGGAUGUUAAGCUGGAAAAGGAGAGAGAGAUGAGGAAUGACUUUGAAGGGAAUAAUAUUGAUUCUGUUGCAGAAUCGAGAGACAAUAGCCAUAAAAAGAGGAAGAGGAAGCAAAGUAUGGAUGGGAGCAUGAAUGACAGCUUAGAUAUGGAUGAUAUUAAACACAGGAAAAAGAGGCAGAAAGAGAAUAACAAUAAUAGAGAGAAUGCUUUGAUUGCCGAAUUCAGAGAAGAUGGAAAAAAGAAACGAGGUAUGGAUGAAAAUAUGACUGAGAGCUUGGACCCAGAAGUAAUAAAAUAUGAAAGACAGGGAAUUUCAAAAGACAGUAAAGGUGUUAUUGUAUCUAAAGUCAAUGAGAGUCCAAAGAAAAGCAAGAAGAAAAAGAUGUUAUCAAAUAAUAACAAAGAAACAGACUCCAUAAAUCAUAAUAGUAAUGACACAGUAAAAGAAAAUGUAAAUCAGUUCAAAUCGCAGAAAAAGACGGUUAUGAGUGAAAUUGCAUCUCCUCGACAAGCGCAAGUGACCAUAAUAUCUCCCUCUAUAAAAUCAAAGGAUGUUGACACAUCCUAUCAAAAGAAAAGAAAGAGAAGUGUCUUGCCACAAGAGUUGAAGGGUAGCAAAAUUACACCACCCAACUCCAAAAAACAACAUUCAAGGCAAUUGUCACAGUCUGCCACAGAGAUUAGUACAAUGGAGAUGUUUGCUGAACUCCCAUUACCAGAUUUUGAGUCUGAUGAAUAUUAAUCGUCUUUAGAAAAAAAAAAUAAAUAAAUAAAACAGAAUGGUUAGCAAUGCUUAAAAUGGCAGAGGAGCGGAUGGGAGACAAUCGAGCAGCCCAGACACUACGAGCAGGUAAACACGAGACUUAAAAAGAGUGAGGGAAAAAAUACAUUGGCACGUUCUAUAUCUUGUACACCACUUUUACGUUUAGAAGGUGAGUACAGUAGUGUAAGUGUUUAGUGAGAUAAAUUUAGUGGAGACACAUUGUCAGUUUCCUUUUGACUUGUUACUUGAUGAUGGUUUGCAUAUACAGUAGUACAGGGUUUGCAUAUACAGAACUGUAAUAUUGUAGUACAAUAGUCAUUUAAUCGUACGUUAGAAUCCUCGGGUGUUUGCUCACUCUUCCCCAAUUUUGACAAAAAAAAUUAAUUUACUGAUAGUGGUUCAGGAUGGACCGAAAUGUCAUAAUUUCCUUUUUUCAGCUGCGUAGGUUGAAGAAUAACACGUUUCUUUUGCUUGGUGUAUGAUUUAUUUCAAGUGUUUUGAUACCCGAGGGUACUAACACGGCCAAAUCAAUUAUUAUUGAUGUCACCUGUAAAAACUAAACUUCAAUAACUUGAUUAUUUUAAUUUACUGGAUGUUAAAAAGAGUGAAUUUAAAGACUGUAUAAAUUUAAAAUGUUAAUUUUAAAGUACAGUACUCUAUAAUGACAGAGGUCCUGCUCAAAAGAAGAGUAAUGGUGAACUUAAUUAUUAAAGCAAUUUUAUUCUAAAAUAUGUUUUAUCUUUGUGAUCUUUGUGUUAUUUUAAAUUGAGUACAGUGACGACUUCAUCCCUGAUGGUCCAAGAGGUUGGGCACUGUUUCUUCCCUUUCACAUAUCACAGCCCCUGACCUGUCCACAUAUCCCUUCCGUGUGCUAUAUUGCCAUACUGGCUUUACACUUUCUCCUGAUAAUAAGUAUCAUCAUGUCAUUACUCACUUCUAAAUCAUGAUAAGUUAUAGUAACUUCCACAGAAUAUCUUGUACAGUAUAUUGAAACAUUGUCCGAGUUUGUAUCUAGGCAAUCUGUAAAUUGACAGAACUAAGCUCUCAUCUAGGCAGUUUAUAAUACUGCUCGAAUGAUAAAAGCAUUGUUGGUAGAUUCUAAAGGAGCAUAUUGAAAUUUAAUUGAAAAUGAAAACAUGUGACAUAAAAAAUACUGUAGUACAAUAGUCUUAAAUAUGACCAGAUGGACGAUAAUACCACUUUUGCUUAGGUGAGAAAUUAAAAAAAAAUUGGAAAGGUUGCAUGGCAAGGCUACAAACUUAACAAAGUCUUUCAAGCGCACUACAAAACUUUGUGAUCAAUCUAGUUUGAUAGGACUUGUUUGAAGCAAGGUUCUGUCAUUAUUGCUCUGGUAAAGUAAGCAUUUAUGAAAAAUGUGCAUGUUACGAAUGGGAGAGAAAGUAGGGUGGAAAGAGAGACUAGGUUACCUUGAGAUGAUUUCAGGGCGUAGUGUCCCCCACAGCCCGGUCCUCAGCCAGGCCGCCUUUUUGUUACACACCCCCAGGAAGCAGCCCGUAGCAGCUGUCUAACUCCCAGGUACCUAUUUACUGCUAGGUAAGAGGCAUCAGGGUGAAAGAUACUCUGCCCAUUUGUUUCUGCCUCCACUGAGGAUCGAAUCCGAAAACUCAGGACUACGAACCUGUAGCGCUGUCCACUCAGCUGUCAGGCCUGGGUGGCAGACGUUUGUGCGGGUGUUUUUAUAUGACAAUUCAAAAGGAACACCUUACACCAUUUUAGGAAGCUGUGGGCGAUUGAUUGGUGUGGUGGUGGUUCUUUGAUGUUGUGUGUAAGCUGUUAAAAGGUGAUACCUGGUUGAUGGGGUUCUGGGAGUUCUUCUACUCCCCAAGCCCGGCCCGAGGCCAGGCUUGACUUGUGAGAGUUUGGUCCACUAGGCUGUUUGCUUGGAGCGGCCUGCAGGCCCACAUACCCACCACAGCCCGGUCCGGAAUGACAUUUGUCAUUCACCAUAUCUUUGGCCUUCUAUUAUCUCUAAUAAUUGUAUGAAAGUGAAAAAUGGGUUAAUGCUGGGAGUAAAUAUUGAAAGCCACAAUUAAGAGGGUCUACCAAAGAUAUGAUACAAUAUUGUGAAGUUCAGUAUGUGUUAUUUUCCCAUUUACCAACAAGUGUGGCUUCCUUUUUAAACACUGGUUAUCAUAUAAAGUAGUUCUGGUUGUGUUUAAAGAUAUAUUACUAUAUUAACCAUGUAAAUUUGUCAAUACAAUAUAUAAAUGUUGUUAUGAUGUGGUUUCAGUCACCAUAGGUAAUGUGUAUAUUAUUUAUUGUGCUAAUUGUAAAGCAAUAACUGACUAUUUGUAGUUGCUAUUAAAUGUUAAAUAUUCAG